GUGUUGUUUUUGUUUACACUGCACGACUUAGGGCGUCUGGGUCAAUACGCACAGCAGUUAGCAGAUCUUCCUUUGGUGAUGGAUUUAAUACCUUUGUUGUGCUGUCUCUACUUUGAAAAGAGACUAAGACCUCUGAGGCUCUCCUUCUUGCAAGCAGCAACUCUCCUCGGCUUGGGGGGACAGAGGAGACAGCCUGACGAACUCGCGGAGGAGUUUCGAGUUCCUGUCCAUCAAAUUUUGGCUUUGUUCAACAAGGCGGUUGUGAAGCUGCACCAGCACCUUCAUGGUUUAUUAGAAGCUGAAGAGGCAGCGAAGUUUGAUAGGGCCUCUACUCGGCGAGUGGCAAUAAAGCAAGGAGAGGCUGUGGGGCCUGAGGGGCCCCAGGGGCCCCUAAGUGAGGCACAGCAGGCAGCAGCAGCAGCAGCGCUGCAGCAGCAGAAGCUGCAGCUAAAGAAGCUUCAAGAGGCCCUGGGGCCAGACGCUAUAGAGAAGUACAGAGUCAAUCACUAUACGGAGGAGGAGAUAGCAGGGGCAACGAAGGGGCGUGCGGUGUCUGGUGAGGUCUCUGUUAAUCUGUCUCCUUUCAUUUUCUCUGUCUCCUUUUAUGUAACUGUCUCCUCUGCAUUUGCUCUCUAG